AGCUUACCAAGUGAUGGGUUGACCCUCGACUCUGGACUCUCGCUCUGCUGCUGCUUAUAAUUGUUAGUCUAUACUUGUUACCCUGCGGUGAUCGACGUGAGUUCAACCAAAGUUUCACCAUUAUAUGUUUCCAACAAGUUUCAGGCAAUAUUCCACUCGUGUAAUGGAUUACUCCAAGUUCAUGAGUAAAAGGUCUGCCAGAAGGAAGUCCAAUCUAAUUCGUCAGAUGAGCGGAAUCUACAUGGCGAAUCCAGAUCUCAUACCCUUCGCCGGCGGACUACCGAACACCGAGACGUUUCCGUUUCAGAAAAUAGACGUGACGUACAAAGACGGGACGCGGCACGAGCUGAAGGGAAAGGAUCUCGAUGCAGCCCUACAGUACGGUUGUACAGAGGGGUAUCCUCCGCUGAUCGAGCUUUGGCGGGAUCUUCAAAACAGAUGGCACUCGCCCCCCCGGGAUGAUUGGGAAGUGCUCGUGACUACGGGGUCUCAGGAAGCCUGCAGUCGGAUCCUUGAUCAUUUCCUCGACGAGGGCGACCCCGUGAUGGUCCAGAUCCCGGCCUACACCGGGACUCUGGGGGCGCUCGACCCCCUGGCGCCGGAGUUCAUCGGUAUUGAGCAGGACGCCGAGGGCAUCGUGCCGGACAAGAUCCGUCAAGUCUGCGAGGCGAGAAAGAGGGAUGGCCUCCCCAAACCGAAGCUACUCAGCGUCAAUCCGACGGGUUCUAAUCCGACCGGAGCUGUGCUCUCCGAGGAACGUAGACGCGAGGUUUACGCUCUCGCCCAGAAGUACGAUUUCCUGAUACUCGAGGAUGAUGCCUACUACUUUGUCAACUUCCUUGAACACCGGCCCACCAGCUUCUUCUCCAUGGACACCGACGGUCGCGUAAUGAGGGUCGACUCCUUCAGCAAAAUCUUGAGCGCCGGAAUUCGCAUCGGAAUUUUGACCGCCCACAAGGAUGUCAUCAGGCAAAUAACCAUGCACAUUACUAGCGGGACUCUUCACACCUCCUCUCUUUCUCAGAUGCUGGUCUACAAGCUGCUGAACACGUGGGGCCCGGAAAGGUUCGAGGAGCACCUGAAAGAAGUCCAAAGCUUUUACCGAAAGAAGAGGGACAUGAUGGUGUCUCUAGUCGAAAAGCAUCUUACUGGGCUGGCAGAGUGGUCAGUUCCCCAAGGAGGCAUGUUCAUUUGGAUCAAAAUCAAGUCGAUUGACAACGUCUUCGAUCUUGUAUUAGAGGAAUUCGUUGCAAAUGGUGUCCUCGUUCUUCCUGGCCACGCUUUCAACGAAGACAUCAAACAUCCCGACCAGCAUGUGAGGCUUAGCUACAGCUACGCUUCUCCGGAAAAAGUUGACAAGGGGCUCUCGAUCAUGGCGAGGCUGAUCAAGGAGCAGAUCAGCAAAAAGAAUGUUCAAGGACAACGUUGAUGGCAAUAUUAUACCGAGUCGCUUAUACGAGCAGGUCAUUUUAUUGCUUUCCUCAAUCCCGGUCUGUCUAUUCAGUUUCACUGUAUUUUUAUGUUACUGCACUGCGAUAUUAGCUCCUACUGUUUUGAGCUUUGAACUUACUUCCGAUAUGACGGAAAUCACUUGCCUUAUAUGGUAUUCUAAACUAAAUAGACCAAUUAACUUGUACCUUGAUACAAUUGAAUAAAUAUCCGUCAAGUAUUGUUCAUUGGAU